AUGUCGACGACGUUUAACCGGAGCACUCUCCUCGCAGCAGGUGCUGUUGCCGCCACUGGUAUUGUGGCUUACGCCGUCUAUUUCGACUACAAGCGGCGGACAAACAGUGCUUUCCGCAAGCAGCUUCGCAAAGAAAAGAAGCGCGUCGCGAAAACCCAACCAGCACCGUCUGCUGGGGGUGAAGAAGCCGGUGGAGCUAGCGUUGACAUCAACGAACUCCGUGGCGCGCUUGAGAAGGUUCGCCAGGAGGAGGUCCCCGUUGACCCGCAGCAGAAGGAGCAGUACUUCAUGUCGCAAGUCAGUAUGGGUGAACAACUUUGCGCUCAGGGCCCCAUGUUCCACCUCCCUGCCGCGAUGUGCUUCUACCGCGCCCUGCGCGUGUACCCCGCACCUGUGGAGCUCAUCAUGAUUUAUGAGAAGACUGUGCCCCAGCCCGUCUUCCAGAUCGUGAUGGAAUUGACCAAUCUGGAUGUGAGUGAUUCCGGCAAUACGUCUUCUGUCUCGGCGGAGGAGAGCGUCGCGCCCACGGCCGAGAUCAGCGUCGUGUCGUUGGAGGAGGCCGUUGCUGAGGCGGCCGCUGAAGCUGAGGCUGAGGCUGAGGGCGACCUUGAGGGCGAGCAGGACGACGGCGAGAGGAGCCCAACUCACGGUGGUCCUCCAUCUGAGUCAGAGCACUCGGUUAACUCGCAAGAGUGGGACAGGCUCACAGACCCAGGCACGGGUGUGCAAUCCCGCGUUGAAGGUUACUAUGACCACUUCCCUCGCAAAGAGAUGAACGUCAAAGUCGAGACGAGGGACCUUCCUGAUGGCAUUGGUAAAACGGUUAAGAAGAAAGUGCUCGUCGCCGCCAAGGACUUCGCCGCUGGUGAAGUCAUCUACAAGGAAGUGCCCGUCGUUGCUGCUCUUGACUUUGAUAUUGAGGGCAAGGGCACGCAUUGCUCGCAGUGCUUCCGCGUCAUUGAGGGCGAAGGUACGAAGUCCGCCGUCUCUGCGCGCUUCGGCACCGCCUACUGCUCGCCCAACUGUGCCGAGCGGGCCAAGGCGCAGUCAGACGGCCUUCUCUUCACGCUCGACCCCGUCCUGCCUGCGGCCAUGCUGCCCGAGCUCCCGCCCGAUGCCACCGAGCAGCGUGACGCUGCCCAAACCGCGUUUAUCGCGCAGCUCCGGGAGGCAAGCACGAGUGGCCCCUUGCUCGCCGCGCGCUUCAUUGCGCGCCAGGUCAACGCGGAGACAGCCAAGAUGCUUCCGGGUGGGAUGCUAGAUGCGCAGGAGCCGAGCCUCGCAGAUGGCGGGGACUACGGGCUGUAUGAUCACCUUGAGCGCCUGCGCUACCUCGCGGUGGAGGAGGUGCCCGAGGAGAAGCUCAAGGGGGUGCGGGACGUGCUCAAGAACGCGUUGCCUGGUCUCGAGACGUUUGUCACGGACGAGCGGUACGCGACUAUGCUGGGCAAGAUGGCGUAUAACUCGUUCGGUGUUGUGUUUGGCGAGGGACGUGAUGGCAAGCCUGUUGGUGAGCGUCCUGAAGACCUCGAGCGCACACGUACGCCUGCUGGCACCUCCCGCCAGGUUGGCACUGCUUUCUUCGCUGUGUCAGCUUAUCUUUCUCACUCCUGCGCACCCAACGCGCACCCAUCCUUCAACGGCACUACCGAGCUCUCCCUCGUCGCUGAACGCGACGUCAAGAAGGGCGACGAGCUCAACGUCUCCUACGUCGACCUUAGCUCCCACGAGGGCGAGACGCCUGCCGAGGCCCGCCGCCGUCGGCGCUUCGAGCUUGCGCGCGGCUGGAAGUUCGCCUGCCCGUGCACGCGCUGCGUUCAGGAGGCGCUGGAAGCCCAGCUGGCCGCUGCUAUCGCUGUGGGCGCCGCCAACGAGGCCGCCGGCGAGCCUGCGGCGGGCACCGAGGUCAAGGUCGAGGAAGAGGACCUUGGGCUUGGCGGAGUUGCAGAUGCGUCCCAGGUCGAGGAUGCUAUGCGCCGGACGGAGGAGCGGGAGAAGGAGAAGACUGCUUCGACCUCUGCGUAA